AUGCAAAAAGUUUACGAACAUGAAAGUGAGGAAUGUAAAUGCACAAUGAGGUGGGUUUACUUUCCACCACAGGCUGAAUCAAAGAAAUGUCCCGCCCUAUAUUACUUAUCAGGAUUGACAUGCACUGAACAAAAUGUUGUGACCAAGGGAGGUACACAAGGGCCUGCAGCCAAGCAGGGUCUUGUAAUAAUCACACCAGACACAAGUCCUCGUGGAUGCAAUAUUGAGGGUGAAGAUGAUGGAUAUGAUUUUGGAUCGGGAGCAGGUUUUUAUGUUAAUGCUACGGAGGAAAAAUGGAAAACCAAUUACAGAAUGUAUGCUUAUGUUACCAAGGAGCUUCCUCAAGUGAUCAGCGCAAACUUUGGAGAUAAAGUUGAUGGCGACAAAAUGUCAAUAUUUGGUCACAGCAUGGGUGGUCAUGGAGCUCUUGUCUGUGCAUUAAAAGAACCUGGUAAAUACAAGUCAGUUUCUGCAUUUGCCCCAAUUGUCAAUCCAAUGCAAUGUCCAUGGGGUCAAAAAGCUCUUGGUGGAUACUUAGGCAGUGACAAAGAAGCACAUAAAGAAUACGACGCCUGUGAACUUGGAAAGAAAUACAAAGGACCAGCACUUGAUAUUCUCAUUGACCAGGGAACAUCUGAUCAGUUUCUACAACGAGAGCUCUUACCUGACCACUUUAAGAUUGUUUGUGCAGAUGCAGGUAUCAAGUUGAAUCUACGAUUUCAAGAGGGUUAUGAUCACAGUUAUUUCUUGAUGUCAACAUUCAUGGAAGAUCAUAUUAACCACCACGCAAAAUAUUUGAAUGCUUGAUUCAGCUCACAUGCAACAAUUAUUAUGUAUCAAUCAUUCAUCAGCUUGGCGCAAACACCAAAUCAUGAUCUUUUAAUUCAAAACUAAUUCAACUGCAAGUGGAAAGUUGUAUUUCGUCAAAGUGCUCAUUAAUAAAAAAAAUCACAGUAA